AAAAAAAAAAGAAGAAGUGUCGUGCCCCCCGCCACAAACAUGAAAUCUAUGGUGUGGGACGACGAACUGGAGAGCGUGGCUCAGAACUGGGCCGACCAGUGCGAUUACAAACACGGCCACAACAUCCCACAGAACUCCGAGUUCCAAAGAACCAAGCCCGGGCAGAAUCUGUUCGCGACAACCCGACGACCAGUCGAUCCUACGAGGUCGCUUUACUAUUGGGUGGACGAGGAGAUCCCGUUUUAUACCUACGCCAAUAAUAGCUGUGUACCCGGAGAGAAAUGUGGGCAUUAUACACAGGCCGUCUGGGCAGAUAGUCACCGCGUGGGUUGCGCAGUCGCAGAGUGUGCCGUAAAAUCUCCAUUCCUUGGCUACCGCGGCGUAUGGUACUACGUCGUCUGCAACUAUUACCCACCAGGCAACUACAUUGGUCAGAAGCCAUACAGAGCGGGAGCCACCUGCUCGGAGUGUGCUACAGACGACUCACAGAACACUGGAGAGUGCGCAGCUGGACUGUGCCCAACAGAAUACGAGUGUUCAAGAUUCCCAGAAAACUGCGGUCGUGAGAAUAAAUGCGGAUCAACCGUCCUCGCUUGUCAAAACGGCGGCACUCCAGACUACGAUAACUGCAGGUGUCAGUGCCUACCUCAGUGGACCGGGGCCAGCUGCCAAUCACCCAAGUGUCCAGUUGUUCAACAAUGUGAGCAGGGAAAACCAUUUGACUACUCAACAUGUUCCUGUCAAUGUGGAAAAUACUUUAGUGGGGCUAGAUGUGAAAUACCUAACUGUAGAGCUAUGGGCGCCAACAGCUUGGACAGGUACUCUGCAUGGUGCUCAGAUCCCAAUAACACACCAAAAUAUUGUGACUACAGACUCUCGGGGACAACUGAUCUGAUCAAAUACGCCGCAUGUCCAGUAUCUUGUGGGGUGUUAGAAGAUUUUUGCCCAGGGAAGACCUGCUUGAAUGGCGGCCAGUUAGAGUGCGGCAGCUGCAAGUGCACGUGUCCUAGAUACUUCACUGGACAGAGAUGUGAAUCACCCAACAUCAGCGAAUUAGGCAAGAACGGAGCAGAUGAGUGGUUUUGCAGCACAUCUUGGUUUGCGCCAUGGAAGUGCUCCCAGAGAUUCUUCCAGGACGCACCAGAAGAGCUGAUCCAGUACAAGUACUGUCCAAAUGCCUGCAACAUCAUUUAAAUAGGAAUUCAGACCAUGAUGGAAAACAAUUGGCUGCAUCUAAAUCCCGGAUCAUUGGGUAGGACCUUAAAGAGGAAACCACGUGUCACCGGAACCGAGUCCGUUUUGCCAGUAGACAAAUACCUUAUUUAUUCAAUCAACGUUUAAAUAUUUAUUGAAUUCAAACCAUUCCAAGACUUUCCUAAACUACAUAAGACGAAGUUCAUGAUGCGUUGUGAAAAGUGACAUUCCAGUGGAACUGAGAGUGCAAUAAGACAAAGAAAUUGUUCAUCUUCAUUUCGUUGUUAUUAUUAUUAUUAUUUUUUUUGUAAUUAUUUUUGUAUAAUGCCACAAGUGCCAAGGCAUUGACCUGAAUAAUACUCAGGGUCCAUGUAUAUAUUAUGUCAAUAAAUAUGGUAUUUUUAUAUUUAAA